AUGUGGUGCAGUCGUGUGGCCCUGCGUCGGCUCCAGCGCGUGGCAGCUGCUUCUUUAAAUGGUACAGGGGGUCUAACAAGCACCAUGCAGAAGGAGAUGUCGACCUUGCCAAGGGUGUAUGUCACCCGACAGAUCCCACCUGAGGGACUGAAGAUACUCCGUGAAUCAGGACAAGUGCAGUUUGAACUGUGGGACUCAGACGACGUCCCUGUGCCCAGGAAAGAGCUGCUUCAAAAGGUCAAAGGGGUUGACGCUCUGCUCUGCGUGUUGACAGAGAAGAUCGAUAAAGAAGUAUUGGACGCUGCAGGUCCAAAUCUGAAGGUCGUCAGUACUAUGUCAGUAGGUUUUGACCAUCUCUCUUUGGAGGAGCUGAAGAAAAGGUUACUUGUGUGUGUGUGUGUAUUUCUUCCCAGGGGGAUCCGUGUGGGCUACACCCCAGAUGUUCUGACAGAUGCUGUGGCUGAGCUGACUGUGGCUCUGCUGCUCACCACCUCCAGGAGACUUAUUGAGGCCACACAUGAGGCCAAGACUGGUGGCUGGGGCACAUGGAGAACUCUGUGGCUGUGUGGAUACGAGCUGGCUGACAGCACUGUUGGAAUCCUGGGCCUGGGGAGAAUAGGUGUGGCUAUCGCUGAGCGUCUGGCACCCUUUAAAGUGAAGAAGUUCAUCUACACAGAUGUGGCCCCCAGGCCUGAGCUGGCCAGGGCCAUCAAUGCAGAGUAUGUCUCAAUGGAUGAGUUGGCAAAGCAGUCCGAUUUCCUGGCAGUGUGCUGUGCUCUCACACCAGAAACAAAGGAGGUCUGCAACAAGAACCUCUUCUCCAAGAUGAAGAAAACCUCUAUCUUCAUCAAUACCAGCAGGGGAGGUGUGGUGAACCAGGACGACCUGUACGAGGCUCUGUCCAGCGGGCAGAUCGCAGCAGCUGGACUUGAUGUCACUGUCCCUGAGCCCCUGCCCACGAGCCACCCCCUUUUCACCCUCAAAAACUGCGUGAUUCUGCCCCACAUUGCUAGUGCCUCCUAUUCCACCCGUGGUGCCAUGUCUGCCCUGGCAGCAAAUAACCUUCUCCUUGGCUUGCGGCGUGAGCCAAUGAUCAAGGAGAUCAAGCUGUAA